AUGUCGAAAACGACUAAAGAUAAAGAGGCCUUUUUCAAAGAGCUGGAACAACUGGAUUACUUGACGAGCGACGCUGAGGAUAACGAGAAUGACAACAUCAGUCGUCUGAUGCUACUGUCUAGAAAGGCUGAUAGCCCCAAUCCUACAGACAUUCCUGGUUCAAAGGCAUUAGCUCCGAUAGUUCUGACGGACUCGGGCCCUCAGUCUUCACAAGGCGCAGUGAGCGUUGAGCCAGAAACGGUUUCCCCUGUCGUUGCCAAUGAAGAUCCUCAGAAGCCUGUGGUGGAGAGAUCUAAGAUCAUGUCCGAGAACAAGACCGCUGCUUCCAGGAAAAGACGAGCGUACUCUACUCGAACAAUCCCAGAGCAGCAGCAAAUAUUCAAGGGUCUCAUAUUCUUCUUCUUCCCAAACAACGAUGUUUCUCCUCUCAGACGUCUGCGGAUCCAGCGAGCACAAGAAUUUGGUGCUAUUUGGACCAGAUCUUGGGAAGAAAACGUGACGCAUGUGAUAGUCGACAAGGGUUUGAUGUUUCAGGAUGUUCUCACGUUUCUGAAGGUCGACUCUUUCCCACCUAGUAUCGCUCUGGUCAAUGAGACUUAUCCGUCGGAGUGUAUCAACUUUCGAUCGAUUCUCAGUGUAACACAGGCACGGUUUCGUGUGAAUGGAACACCCAAGCCCUCUGAGGUCGAAGAACUCCCUUCUUCGGCCGAACAAUCUUCGACUAGCUCACUACUACUCAAACCGCCUAGGAGACAAGGCCACUCCUCAACACCAUCACAACUCGCUGAUAGUGAAAGUGAGCCUGCUCCAGUUCCUGCCAUAAUACAUGUCCAGCAACUUGUUGAGUAUCCAAAGGGUACACCCGACGAGGAAGUUAUUGGCGAAUCAUUUCCUAUCCGUGAGCGUGACGUUUUGGAUGACCUGAUUGACGAGACCAAAGCUACAAAGGAUUUGCCUCUAGACCCACUGGAGUCUUUAGAAGAUGAGGCUAUCCUCGGAGCGUCUGAUGAGGAGUCUUCAGCUUCAGAAUCUGAACCGACCAAGUCAAAAAGACGAAAAAUAUCUUCCGGAGAGGACAAAGUAACGGAUGCCUGGCAGCAGAAAUUCGCAUGCAUGCAGAAGCAUGACCAGAAUUCAAAUUCCGAGAACCCGAAUAGCAGAACGAUUGAGGUUCUUCAACAGAUGUUGGACUACUAUACAAGAACAUCAGACCACUGGCGCGUGAUUGCCUACCGUAAAACCAUCAGUGCCCUUCGGAGACAUCCAAAGAAGGUUGUCACAAGAGCGCAGGCUCUUUCGAUAACGGGCAUAGGGCAGCGACUGGCGGAUAAAAUCGAAGAAAUUGUCUUUACUAACCGACUACGUCGCCUUGAAAACACAAACUGUACGCCUGAAGAUCGCAUAUUCCAGGAAUUUCUGGGUGUCUAUGGUGCAGGGAUUUCACAGGCAUCACGAUGGGUCGCUCAAGGCUUCAGGUCACUGGAUGAUCUGCGAACCAAAGCACCACUGACCAGACAACAGCGAGUUGGCGUGGAACGCUACUAUGAUUUCUCCCAGCGUAUCCCUCGACAGGAAGUCGAAGCUCACGGGGACAUUGUUCGAAAGGCUGUACAAGAGGUAGACGCUGAAAUGGAGGUCAUCAUCGGUGGCUCGUAUCGACGCGGAGCGGUCAGCUCGGGAGACGUCGACGUGCUUAUUACCAAACCCGAUACGGCAAUCGAGCAGAUUCGGACGAUGAUGAUGGACAUUGUUGUGCCGCAACUAUUCAAACAAGGCUUUCUGCAGGUCAGUCUAGCCAGCACGUCCCGAGAGGAUGGCUUUAAAUGGCAUGGGGCAUCUACACUGCCAGGCAGUAAUCUAUGGCGUCGGAUCGACCUUCUCUUUGUGCCUGGAUCGGAAAUUGGGGCGGCCUUGAUUUAUUUCACGGGGAAUGACAUUUUCAACCGCAGCAUGAGGCUGCUGGCGAGCAAAAAGGGCAUGCGUCUCAACCAACGAGGACUCUACGCUGAUGUUGUGCGUGGAGAGCAACGAGCGAAACUGAAUACCGGCCGGCUCCUCGAAGGCCACGAUGAAAGACGAAUCUUUGAGCUUCUAGGGGUGCCAUGGAGACCUCCCGAGCAUCGCAUAUGCUGA